CAGUGGUGGCGUGAGGUGGUGGAGGAACACCGAGUGAGUGGCGGGAAAGCCCUGGCUCUCACUUCCCCGACAGCGGUCCCCUGAUGGGACGUUCUGCUCCACUGGUAGCUUACCUCCUGUCCCCCGAGAACAGUCAUCCCUGCCCCUGGAGAGUUGUUCAGAACGAGGCAGGAGCUCCGGAAUGCCUCCAUCGCAAUGUCAUGAAUUCACCAUCCCCAUCCCCAAAUCGUCGGCACCGUUUCACUCAUCGAUCACUUCACCCACUUUGAACUCCACUAUGCACCCACCCCAAGAAGGCAGCUCAGCUGUGGAAACUGGCACACGACGCAGUGUUUGCAGGUCUCAAGAAAGCAGGGAAGACCAUCGGCUACACAAACAACACUCCAGUCCCAGCCAUCGUAUGCCCCUCCCAUCCCCGCCCAGCUAA